CGCGGGCGAGGGCGACGGCGAGGACAGCCCCUGGGCCGGGGACGAGGAGAGCGCGGGCGAGGGCGAGGGCGAGGGCGAGGGCGAGGGCGAGCGGGCGCGCCUGGACCGCGUGCCGCCGCUGGAGUGCGUGCCGCCGCCGCGCUCGCUCACGCGCCUGCUGCCGCCAGACGCCAUCUUGAAGUACCCCGCCAAGCCCCGCUUCAGAGCCUCCUUCGACAUCGUCGUCCUCGGCCAGGGGUUGGCGCACCUGCUGUCGCCGGAGGUGGCGGCGCUGGGCCGCGAGGGCGCGCUGCUGCUGGUGGAGGGCAAGCGCUACGCCCUGGCCACGCGCAAGAAGGACGUGCAGGAGUUCGCGCAGACGCUGGCGCAGAAGGCGAAGGACUCCGGCUGCGCCCCGCUGCGCGCCUUCGACCCGCUCAAGCACGACUGCGCCGCCUUCCGCGUGCACCACGCCGGACUCUGACGGCCAGGCCACCGGGAAGCUUUACUUCUGUUGUGGGCACGGCCGCUUGCCCACGCCGCGACAGAAGCGCGCGAUUGUCAAUCAUCAGGGCUCUUCGCCGA